UAACUUCUUUAGAGGACACAUCAGCUAUGAAAUUCUUCAUCGUAUUAGCCUUGGUCUCGGCAGCAUCAUCAGCUCGCCUCGACAAUGUCAUCCUGCCUCCCAACGCAAGAUCUUCAAGUGGUGCUAGCGCUGGUCUCCAAACUCCUUACGGAGGAUCAGCCUAUAGUGGAGGACAGGCAAAUGGUGGAAACCAGGCCGAAAUACUGAAGUACGAAAAUGAGAUCAACGAGGAAGGGUACCAUUAUGCUUUUGAGACCAGUGAUGGUACCAAGGCCGAACAGCAAGGUCGUGUGUACCCCGGUGCCCAGCCCGAAGAAGGUUCCCUCACAGUCUCAGGGUCUUACUCCUAUGUUGGUGAUGAUGGCCAGACGUACACCGUCACCUACACAGCUGAUGAGAAUGGUUACCGCGCUGAAGGAGCUCAUCUCCCCACCCCACCGCCCAUACCUGCUGAGAUCUUGAAGAGUUUGCAACUCAUUGACAGUACUCAAGGCACAUACCAAAGCAGAAAAAGCAGUUACGAUGCAGACGCAGGUUACUAAAACUAAGCCUAAAGUAAAAUUAAAAACCUCCCUAGCAAACUAAAACUAAUAGUAAGCAUCACUAACGACAUAAGUCGUCGACUGUACAUCACCCUAGUACAGUGAGCAACAAAAUUCUAAGCGAUAAGUUAUUUUUUAGUCCCCGAGCGAUUGGACGAUGUGGCCAGUACCUGUGUUUAGUAGUCGUUAAAGUUAUUAUUUUUAUAUUAA